CACGUGCUUCGUCCAACGACGCCGUUGUUUUUUUCGGAAACACUUCGUCCGUCUGCUUAUGUCCUCGGCUUUCCCCUCCAACCGUAACUCCCACCUUUUGUCCAUGAUUCAAUACUUCAAAGUUUCUGGUAUUUCUGUCUGGUGCAAUGCCAAAUAAUCUCCAUGCGGCCGUUCUUUAAUAGACCUUCCUGGGCAAGCAGAGGCGAAGAGCCGUCUUCAGACUUUUAUCGUCGUGGAGACCAAACCUACAAGGACAUUGUUGCCGCCAGUAGAGAUGCCCGGAAGAGACUGGAAAAUGGAGUUGACAUCUCAACAGACAGUAAGCUGGGACCAGAGCAAUAUGUUCCCCGGGAAAGCGUACCCCAAACGUGUCAUGACCAGAUAACAUGUGAUGAAAGAAACCUUCAUGAAAGCUCCUCUAGACCUCGCAAUCAGGUCGAACCCCACCAACGCCAGCGCACCAAUUCUCUUGUGUCCGAAGAAUCAAGGUCUUCUUCUCCCAGUCCCAGUCGGGUUUCGGGUGUUCUUCGAGCCACAAAUUUGAGGUAUACAACAAAGUGCCCGAAGAGCGAACAUGAGCCAUCUCGGGAGCCACAUCAUGAACGGGGUAGUGCAGUCCCUGGCGAUAGUGUUCCUGAAUCACGAGAAGACAAUGCGGCUGAUGAUGUCGUCCAAAUCCUUAUUACUUCGCAAAUUGAGAACACACAGCCACUUAUCGUCUAUCGCAGAAUGACACAACCAUUCCGAGACGUUCGCUUGGCUUGGUGUCAUCGUCACAAAUUUCUGGAAGAUAUGCAAUCCUCUAUAUAUUUGACAUGGAAGGGUAGGCGGCUUUUUGAUGUAACAACUUGCAGAAGCUUGGGAAUCAAACCGUCGAGGGACACUCUCUUUUCGCACACCCCCGAUCUUGGCGAGAAAUCCGUUCAUAUCCACAUGGAAGCUGCCACGAGCUGCCCCAACAGUUAUAAUAGUCGACAGUUCUCGCCGAUCAAUGAACGUGGGUUGGAUCAGUCUGUGUUGAAUAUUGAAGAGACGAGCGAGAGGGACCAAAACCUAUCUACUAGAGUCGUUCUCAAGUGCCCUGGUCAUGAUGAGUUUACAACAAGAACUCGCCCCAAAGCGCCUAUUUUACAAAUCAUCACUGCUUUCCGUAAGGCAAAUAAGAUCGCAUCGGAAAAAGAUAUCUAUCUAGUAUUUGAUGGUGAUCGCUUGGAUCCUGGGUCCUGCCUUGCCGACUAUCAAAUCACAGAUGAUGAUCUCGUGGAUGUUAUGAUAAAAUAGGCCUUGAGAAAAUAGCAGUUUCACAAACAUCCUCGAAAUUGACGUUAUUUCCGAACACUUCGAUUUACAUGUUGAGCUCUUACAUUGAAACUUUUUCUGUUCAGUUGUAAGAAACAAGACUGGUAAUUAGACUGUAGAUAUUUAGUAAAGACGUUGGACAUCAGACUGAUGCACUUCCUCGAUAAUUCCCGAGCGAAUUAGCGCACUUGUGAAUUAACAGGUGGGAGGAAAGGAACAAAAGGAUAAUCGGUUAGUGGGUUCCUGUAUGCAAUUUGACAGUUAGCGGGAG